AUGUCACCUCACUACAACCAUGGAAAGCCCGAUAAACGUCUGUUGAGCAGGAUCUCCAAGGGCUUCAGAGCCAUGUUCGGAGACUUCGACUGGACUCUCCUUCCAGAGGACAGUCCAAUGGUGAUACUACUCCACCAGGGAAGGCUACCAGAGGGUUUCAUGACUUACGACUAUCUGGAGCGGAUCGUUGAAACUGGACUUUACAAAGACGAGAGAACUUUUGUAUUGGUCAACGAGGAGAUAAAGGCCGAAAUGGACGACCCGGAAGACUGGGAGAUUGAGCCCACUCCUCCUGGAAUGCCGUUAUGGACUGCAAACAAGCAGAGAUUUCGAUCCGAGAGUGCACCACCGCCUUAUCUAGUCGCUACCCCACGACCCGUCCCAUCCGCGACGGCUAACAUAUCCAGAACUCAGGAGGCCCAGCGGCCGGCCGCUACAUAUUCUGUUGAAGUCAAGGAGAUCGAGGAAAUUGUGGAGGAAGGAAAGGAGGAGUGCGCGUCGAUGCCAGGGACAUGGUUUUCGCUCUUGCUGAUCAAAGAAUGGGCGGUGGAGAUUGUUGUUGUAUUUCUGUACUGUACAUUGGAGAGAGAAUCGAGAGAGUACAGAACGUCGUUCUGCGUCACCGUGGCUUGGGCUUUAAAAACGAAGUGCUUUCAAGUAAAAUUCAACGGUAAAUACAUAUCCCCGUACCCGGAUCCAAGCAGCUACCCAGGCAGGAAUGAUCUAACAUCAUUCUCAAGGGCGGUGACAGAUACACUGGAAUAA